CCGUCAAGUCCAACGCUCUCAACAACGUCGACCACCCCAUAUCCAACGACGAGGGCGCGACGCUCUGUUCUCUCUCGCUGCCAUGGCAUCGACGGAUUCCACAGAAGCAGGCACGGCACCGAAGAAAGGCUCCACGUGGAUCUCUGAGAGAACGAGUGAACGUGCUGCUGCCCAACAAGCAUAUGAAUCGGAUCCCAAAUACAAGAAAUACACCCAGCAGGUCGAGAAGUGCCUCAAUUCGUUCGAUAAUGUACACGAAUGGGCGGAUUGUAUCGCGUUUUUGAAGCAGUUGCUCAAGACCUUCCAAUCGUACAUGCAGUUCAAGGAGAUCCCACGCAAGCUGAUUGUUGCAAAACGGCUGUCUCAGUGCUUGAAUCCCGCUCUACCUACGGGGGUGCACCAGCGGGCACUGGAUGUCUAUGCUCAUAUUCUCGCAGUAUUGGGGUCGGAAGGACUCAGGCGCGACCUCGCACUCUGGUCAUCUGGUCUUUUUCCCUUCUUCGAAUACGCCGCGACAUCCGUCAAGCCUACUCUUCUGAACCUAUACGACACACAUUAUCUGCCCUUGCAAGGGGGCCUGCGUCCCGUAAUGAAAUCAUUCAUAAUAGCGCUGUUGCCCGGGUUGGAGGAGGAGACUGGGGAAUUCUUUGAAAAGGUACUGAGUUUACUGGAUCGUCUGUCUGGGGCCGUAUCAAUGUCGUUCUUCUUCCAAAAUAUCUGGCUGGUCAUGCUAACAACGCCAGCUGCCCGUGGAACAUCCCUCAAUCUUCUUUCACGUCGACUCCCGCGAUUAAUGGACGAUGAAGAUAUAUUGUCCAUCAUUGGCCGAGACAUCGGUUUGAUGAUUCGCGCCUUUGCUGCUGCCUUGGAGGAUGAGAAUCUUCUUGUACGAAGAGGAGCCUUGGACCUUCUACUGCAGUCUAUGCGUUUGGAUAGCGCGGCUCUACACAAAGCCCAAGGAGAAGAUCGCACAAUCUUGAUGAGGGCAGCAGUGUCUGUUGUCCUACGACGCGAUCUCUCCCUGAACCGGCGGCUAUACACUUGGUUACUUGGUCCUGAUGAAAAACCGGAUCAUCAAAUUACUUACCUACGGACAAAUGCGUUGAAUCUGCUUAGCUCCACCUUGAAAGAGGAGAUGACAUCGCCUUCCAGUGAAUAUUCCGAGUCAAGGCCAUUCAAGAUUUUCAUCUCUCUUCUUGAUAAGUGGGAGAUAGGUGCACCACUAACGGAUGUGCUUGUAUUCGAUUCUUUCAAAGCUCUUAAAGCUCUGGUCUUGGCGAGCACUGAUAGCAGCGAAGAUGUGACUAUGACAGCUAGCACUCUGUACGAAGCGGUGGAGCCAGGCAUCAUAUGGAAGCAGCUACUCCAAGCAGUAUUUGAUGAAAUCAUCAAGGAUGAAGAGAAAUGCGAAGCAAUUUCCAUGGUCCAAUUCAUCCUCAAGACAUUCUCUCAGGACGAGGAGAUUCAGACCAUUCAUCUACCUGUAAUAUUUGCAGCUAUCGUUGAUCUUUUGCAUUUUCGAUUGAGUACGACAGAGUCUCCGCCUUUGUCCAUCACCACUAAGGAAACUCUUUCGCUCUUGGAGACCAUACUGCACCAGGUUCCUCAUGUUGCUCUUAUGCAGCGGCCGGAAGCAAGCGAAGGGGACACCUCUGCGAGGGAUUCACAACGGCCAUACAUCUUUGCUUGCACAGUUUACGGAAUUGGACCUCUUGCAAUCGAGCCUGCCCCCUCUUCUAGGUCUUUCAGGAUCCCUUUCGCAUCAUCUUUCGAGAGCUUGGUGUCCCUGAGCUCCAUCUUUUCUCAUGCAUUGGUUUCAGCCGCAGACAAGGUCGUCGCACUCCGUGAAGCGCUCUGUCAGACCCUUCUUCUCCUUGAUACGCUGGUCGGCAGACUUGGUACCUCUACGAUAAAGGUUACGUGGCAUCCUUCGCACUGGCUAUCAGUGGUUCUCGAUUGCAUCAGUCACGGGUCUGCCAAUUUCACAACCGUAGAUCGCGCCGUGAGCCUUGUCGUUGCGCUGCAUCAUGCCUCAGGGAUGGAACCCAAAGUGCACAUUGAUGAACGCCCUACGAUGUACAAAAUGAUGACCAAACUUCUUCGUUAUCUUCGCUCGGAUUGCGCAGCAUAUCAUGUACGGGCGGUUAAUCUCAUUUGGGCAUUAGAAGCUGCCACUAAGAGACCCCACGUCGAGUCGAUCCUGGCUCAAACUAUGAACUCACCCGAGUCUCGGAACGUGCAAGAAUCGUAUGAAGCAUUUGGUGUUCUGUGGAGAUUAACAGAGGACAAUCUCCUUCCUGGUUUCCGGUUCAAGGUUCCUAUGAUGAUAGUUCUGGAUACACUGAAAAACGAUGACCCCAGUCUUCGACGGAUUGGCGAAACGUGGAUGCGUUGUAGUCUCAAGUCUUAUUUGAGAGUACUGGACCCGAUCAUCUUCGAACUGUUAGAUCCAUCCAUUCGCAGAAUACCCAGCACCACAAAAAUGUUACUGUCUGUAAUACGAUUUGGCGGACAAGGAUUUGCUAAGACUGCACGGAACACAUCCAUCAAGCGUGCACAGCAUUCGGGGCUUGUUCAAAGGGUUCAAUCUGGGGGUUUUCCUGAGCAAGACGUCACAUAUAUGGAAGUUCUUGUGGAACUGUUGCUUCGUUUCCUGCAAUCUGAGCCUAGUGUGCCUUGGGCUCCCGCGAUGCGACCUCAGAAUGCAGUGAUACAUUCAACCACUGUCGAGCUUCUUCAGACUAUCGUUGCUCGCGGCGAAAUAGAGCUUGCCGUGGUUGAAUCUAUUGAAGCAAUAGUCGUCGGAAAGCUCUAUUAUUGCAUUCACACGAACAGACUGGAUCUGCAGAACAAGCUGCUUCACCUCCUCCAUUCAGUGAUCUCUGCAUCCACCGCCGAUGAUCUUGUCAGGCCAUUCGCUGGCAAGCAUAGGCAAGGUGAACGGCCUCCGGAGACCUUAACAACUUUUGACAGCACCCAGGAAAUACAACCCAGAGCAUAUGCCGUCAAUCCUCUACUCAUUCAGACCCUAAUGGAUGGUAUAUCUGUCCCAGCCAAUCGGCCUGUUCUACAGCACUGGCUGGACUUUGUCCUCAUGGCCGUCCCUCAGUUCCAGCCGGCUUUACACGCAGUUGUUGCCCCGCUAAAUGAAUGCAUAUGUCGCCAGCUUCAAACGUCUCUUGAUAAUGUCUUAAAGGCGUCAAGUCAUGAUGACACAUUUAGCGAUGAUACAGGUUCCACGAUCACCGACGCAGAGUUCAUCAUGCUGCUGAAUGGUCUUGAACGUCUCGUACUACUUAGUCUUGCGUAUACAUCAGAACCGCAAAGCCCGGAGGAGGAUCAAAGCGGGGUAGAGAAAUCUGCUGAGUCUGGAGGCCUUUUUGGUUACGUUUCCACCGUCUUUAGCUCUGAAAACACGCUGCAAAACGUGGAUGAACAGUUGACGGUUCGAUCACAAGGGUACCGCUCGCUACGAGAUUCAGUGCAGGUUCUGUAUUCGAUAUGGGGUUUGCUAUGUUGGACAGAUCCUGAAAUACGUGCUCCGAAAGAUGAAUCAACAUCUCUCAUCUACAAUCGCGUACGCCUCCGGAGUCGCAGGGUGCUGGAGCACCUGUUCCGAGUGCAGUCUUCUGAGGUUUUUGAAGCUAUUGUAGAUUGCUGGAAUAGAGAUACUGGGAUUACUGUGGCCACGUCGAACUCGGCAUUUGAGUUGACAGAUGUAUUAAUAGCGAACGCGCAGAGCGCAGUCCAGAUGAUAUGUGACAGUAUCUCAGGUCGCAUCUCAGGUCUGUUGGAGAAAACGAGGAAGCAGACAAUGAAUCCUGAACUAACCGAUGGCGUGCUGUUCAAGUUCCUUGAGCAAUACCUACAGCGUCUUGAGGGUCCUCUGGCCGUGCAAGUCUGGGGCCGUUUUCUUCAAUUGACGAAGGAAGUCAUCGGCGGUGGAAAGGACUAUAGAUUGCAGAGCUUCCCGACCCUGAGAUGCUUGACCGUCUUAGCGGAUAAGUUAACUCAAACGACGGCCAUAGAAGACAGGCGCAUACGCAAGGACCUUCAGGAAACUUUUGGAAAACUUCUCGACUCGUGUGUGGUUUAUGUUGGCCGAUCAUUCGAUCAAGGUUCCUGGAUUCGGCGGACUACCAAAGAGGCUCUGACCACCAAUGGCAGAGAAUCCCCAGCUCCACGUAAUGAAGCAAAGAUUGAUGAAAAGUUCAAUUCAAGUAGCACCUCAUUAACGCCGGAAACACCCAAACCUGCUUCUAACGAAGUCAUGAUUCAGAUUAAUGACUUCAUCGCGAAAACCAUACUUCCAAACCUGCGGCGUUUCCUUGUGGACAACGACAAGGUUGCGGCAGCAUGCAGCAAUAUCGUGUAUUACAUCGUCAACCCAGCCAUGAAGGGCAAAGCUAAGCCAAUGGAAGUGGAUGCUACCACUGUUUCCAUCCUACAUCAAAUGUCCAGGCUUCCAGCAGCCCUGAAAGCGUGGCGAGCACCGAUAGCAGAGUUGUUGAACGAUAACAGGGUAUUCAAUAGUACUGCGGAGGCCGCUGAGCUAUGGAAACCUAUAGUCAAAGCUCUCUUCGAUGUUGACAAAACUGCAUUUCCCGAGUUACUUGGCAAGGUGGCCACCGCACCAUCCACGAAUAUUUUUACAAAUAGGGAAUACGAAAUGUUGUUACGGUCGCUCAACCUUCGUAGACUAUCUUUCGUGUUGUUCACUGGGGAUAAGAAUCAUUUCCUAACGCAACUACCAUCGAUACAGGAGAAACUGGUGGAUAUUCUUCGUAAUGUGUCAGCCCCAAAUGUCCAGAGUGACGUUUACCUCUGCAUACGCGUCCUAUUGUGCCGUCUAUCGCCCCACAACCUCACCAGCUUCUGGCCGGUGAUUCUCACAGAAUUAUAUCGUCUCUUUGAACAAGUCAUGUCCACGUUACCGUCGGAUGGAUCGGAUGAUCUACAACUGAUAUUGUCUGUGUGCAAGUUCCUAGAUCUUCUGCUUGUCCUACAAACUGAAGAAUUUCAAAUUCAUCAAUGGAUCUUCAUAACCGAUACUGUGGAUGCGAUAUACCGACCAAAUGAUUGGUACCCGGAAGCGAUGUUUGACCAGUUGGCUGAGAUUGUUGGUAAUCUACCCAGCAAUCCUACUUCGCAAAACGGAUCAAACGUCCUAGACACUGGUGGGGCGUCGUCAUUUAGUUCCCAGAGGGUGAUGCGGCGUCCUUUGUUGAACGGGAUCCAUCAGAUAGAUAGUAUCCGUGAUUUGGUCCCCUUCUUUUCUAGCGUGAGCAUAUCAUCUUACGAGAGUGUCUACGCAAGUGGUGGUAUUGUGGAUUGGGAGGCAAUAGAGAAAGGGUUGAUGAACGAUAUGUUUGACGGACGGUAA